AAUUGUUCGCAACGCAACGUAAACGUUCCAAAGAAUAUUGUAAAACUCUCGCAAAAUGAAUGUACAAGAGAACGUUAUCACCAUCGGAGGAUCGGCACAGAUGAUAGCGGAUUACUUGCGGUUCGCCAUGAACAAUCUACUAUUUCAGCGUGGAGUCUACCCGCCGAAUGAUUUUACGCCGAUCGAAAAGUACGGCAUUCCGAUCUACAUGUCUCAAAACCACGGCGUGUGCGAAUUUUUCGACAAAGUGCUGCAAAAAGCUGAAGAAUGGACUUCCAAGAAAAUGGUUAAAUCGGUCAUCUUUGUUAUCCACAAUGUGGCCACGAAGGAGAUAAUCGAACGCUGGGACUUCCAACUGAAGUACGAAGAGGGUAAUCCGUCGGCAGACGGUACCAGCCAAGUGUCCUACAAGCCUCUGCCAAAGAUCCAGGGCGAAAUACGAGAUGUAAUGAGACAAAUCACCUCCACAAUAAGCUUCUUACCGGUGCUCGAGCAAACUUGUGCGUUCGAUGUGUACAUCGAACGGGACGGAGGUGAUCUGCCCGAGAAGUGGGAGGAAAUGCCCGAUGUAGUAAUUAGCAACAGCCAAACCGUGAAAAUGCGUGGCUUCUCAACUGGAAUACACGAGCUUGACACGUUCGUUACCUACAAACUGAUGCCGUAGUGCAAAGCGGCGGCAAACAGUACGCAUUCAUUCCUUUUUCCCUCUCAUUCACUUCUUUACACUUUUCUUGCUAAUAAAAUAA